AUGGCGAGCACUCUCUUGGCAGCUCCUUGCUUUCUGUCUCUGCAAAAUAGAGAAGUGGGUGGAUUUUUGAGGAGCUUCAGGAGCCCAAAUUAUGACAAAGUGAAGUAUAACCAAGGUUUACUGAGAACAAGAAAUAGUGGCACCAAUGGUGGUGGCUGCCUUGUUGUGGCCUCAGUGUUUGGAAGGAAAGUCAAGAGCACACAGACUGUGAUCCCCGAGCCAGAUUACCGAAUUCCAAUUGUUCUACUAGGUCUAUCUGGUGGGUUAGCUUAUACAAAUAAUCUUUUACCAGCUGCGCCCAUUGGUCUCCUUGGAUUACUCCUAUUGUUUCAGACUACUAGAGUCAGAUUUGUCUUUGAUGACGAGGCACUGGAAGUAAAAGUAGGAGAGCAGCUUCAGAAUUCAGGUGAAAAUGUCUUCGUGGGUGGAAAAAAUCGUUGGAAAUACUCAACGUUUGUGAAUUGGGAGCUUUGGUGGCCAAAUUUCCCUAUUCUGGUGUAUUUUAAGGAGAGGCAAACAAAGCCUGAAGGACAAGUUCACUUCUUUCCUGUGAUAUUUAAUGGGAAGCAACUUUAUGAUGUGAUGUUGGAGAGAGCUGGUCCUUCCCAAACCAGUGGGCCAAAAGAUUCUUGA